GUCACCCCGGAGCGCGGGGGGCGCGCGUGCGCGCUGCGCCGCGGGCUCCGGUUCGUCGCGUGGGGAGGAGUCACGGCCGUUGCCCCUCGCACCGCGGAAGGAGGGCGGGGCCGAGCGCUGGGCCCGGCCUGAGCGGGGCGGCGGCGGCUGCUGCGGGGGGGCGGCGAAGGGCGAGCGAGCCAGCCCGCGGGAGCGGCACUCGGCGAGGAGCUGAGGCGCCGCGGGGAUGAAGGACCGGCUGGCUGACCUGGCAGAGUGUAAAGGAAAUGAAGAUGGAGAGACUGUUAUUGUUGAAAAAGACCAUUUUAUGGAUGAUUUUUUCCAACAGGUUGAGGAAAUUAGAAAUAACAUAGCAAAAAUAGCACAAAAUGUGGAAGAAGUGAAAAAACAGCACAGCAUUAUCUUGUCAGCCCCAAAUCCUGAAGGGAGAACUAAGGAGGAACUUGAAGAAUUAAAUGAGGAAAUAAAGAAGAUUGCUAAUAAAAUUCGAGCUAGGUUAAAAGCUAUUGAACAAAGCUUUGAUCAGGGUGAAAAUGCGAAUCGAACAUCAGUGGAUCUCAGAAUAAGAAAAACUCAGCACUCUGUAUUAGCUCACAAGUUUGUGGAGGUCAUGACGGAAUACAACGAGACCCAAACUCUUUUUCGAGAGCGCAGCAAAGGUCGGAUACAGAGGCAAUUAGAGAUAACUGGAAAAACCACCACUGAUGAGGAACUGGAGGAAAUGUUAGAGAGUGGUAAUCCUUCAAUUUUCACUUCUGACAUUAUAUCAGACUCCCAAAUAACUAGGCAAGCUCUGAAUGAAAUUGAGUCACGGCACAAGGACAUUAUGAAACUGGAGUCCAGCAUACGGGAACUGCAUGAAAUGUUUAUGGAUAUGGCUAUGUUUGUUGAGACUCAGGGUGAAAUGAUCAACAACAUAGAAAAGAACGUGAUGAAUGCAACAGAUUAUGUGGAACAUGCUAAAGAAGAGACAAAGAAGGCAGUUAAAUAUCAAAGUAAAGCACGAAGGAAAAUGUGGAUUAUUAUCAUUGUGUCAUUGGUGUUGAUUGUUGUAAUUGAAAUUGAUAUUCAUAAUUAUAUGUGUAACUGUACUACUUCUGAUACUUGGAGUUGUCCUAGCAACAACACUAUCAUAGCAAGCGUAUUCUAAAAGAUGCACAUUUUCAGAAGCUCCAAAAGAUAUCUUCAGUAAAACCAAACCUUUUUUGAUAGAAGAUGCCUUACACAGAUAUGUGAUGAUGACCUAUCAUUAAUGGCUAAAAUGAAAACAGUCACACUUAAUGUUUACUUAUAAAUGAAGAUUGGAAUGUACCAGGUUAUGUAUAUUUUUAUCAUAAACUAUACAUUUACAGUAAGACUGAAACUUGCUUUUAAUUGUUUUGAACUAAAGCAACUUGGAUGCUUUCAUAUUUCAGUGUUACAAACAGUUUAAAUAGGGAGUUAAGAUACUUGAGUUUUGACUGUUUGGAUUUUUUUAUUCCUAUCGCUACUAUAAUUCUAAUCACAAUUUUUAUAACCUUCCCUGUGCUGCUUCUAAGUUAGUACUUCUGUGAACAUAUUUUUAACUGUAGCUAUGCCUUUAAAUGUAUUUAUUCACCUUAACCUUAAGCUUAAUACUUAAAAGUUAUUUCCAGCAAGUGAGAAAAUAUUUUAUCCUGAAAAAGCCACUUAGAUAUUUACUGGUCUGCCUCCUACAUUACACUUUGAGAAGCAAAGAUUUUUCUUAAAAAACUUAGCAGUUUUUUUUUCUAUAUGACAAUGGCUUAUUGCUUUAAAUAUUUCCUUGUCUUUAUAUUAGAAAUUUUUUUUUCUGGUAGAAGUAAUACAGAAACAAAGCACACAAUUUGAUCUUCAUCAGGUAAUUUUACAAAUCAUUUUUGUACAAAAUAACAGUUCAGCCUUAUUGCUUGCAGGGAUGAUAGAAAUCAUACUUGCUUCAAUAAAGCCAAGUCAAGAUUUGAUUUUCAGAAGCUUGCUAAUGUUGUGGUGUGAAUAGAGCACACGGGAAGAAUAAACACUCAGAAAACUUAAAAAUGUAAUAUAGACUAAGACACUGAUUUGUUACAAAAUGUACUAUAUAACAUAUAUGAAGUGUUUUAGUAUAUAUGCAUCUGUGUUGUAAUACUAGCUUGCAAGACUUGAAAGCUUGAAAGACUUCAUAUGUAACCAAAUAACUGCAUUUAAUGUUAAAGGUUAUUUUUGUAUUUUGUGUGUAAAAUAUUUGUAACUUGAAUUUUUGAUUUCUCAUUGUUUAGGAUAUCCAUGUAGAUAUGUAGAUAUAUUUACACUGUAAGAGAAAUAGAGGAAAUUAUAACGUGUGACUUUUUAAACACGAUUUAAAACAGUGCUUGUCAAUGUUUCCAAAUAUUAAACUAUAACAUUAUUUGCAAUAACUCAGAUUAGAAUCCUUGAACUUACGUUUUAUGAGAAGUGUCUGAGAUCAGUUAUUCACUAAAAUGUAAUUCAGUCUUUUUUUACUUUGUAAAAUUCAACCAAGUUUACAAUAUAUUAUAUAUGUAUGGAUA